GAGAGAGUGGUGAGAGUUGAGACCCUGGUGAGUGUAACGAUGAUGGCGAUAGCGUCAUUUCACGAGCCCCUAAACCAUCAUUAUCAAGCCUUUUAUUGUUUUGCAAAGCUCAAUCCUCUCUUCUCUCUCACAACUUCCUCAUCUUCAUCAUAAUCUUGACAACAAUCUGACUCUCUUCCUCUGGAGUGGAAAUAGUAAAGAAAUGAAACUCUGAGCAAUCAAUAAUAGAAAAUGAAAUUCACCAAACUAAACCAAUCAUUACGUGAUUAUCAUUAAGGCGGACCUUCAACGUUUUAACGGAGUCUCUCAAACCUGUUUAUAUAAGUAACUUGAUCCUCACCAAGUUACACUCAUUUACACACAAAGUUAACACACUAGUUGAUCAAACAUUUGCCAAACGUGCCAAAAUUGUCAACUUUAAACUCGCACUCCAAACAGUAAUUCACAAUUUUACCCGCUUCUCAUUGCACUGCAUUCACCAAGAUAUGGAGCUAAAUUUCAAGCACAAUUUACUGUGCACUUUCGUUUUACUCUCAAUCCUUUCAUUAGUUUACUCACCAAUCGAAUCAACAACUUCGGUUUCCAGUGAAGUAACUUAUUGUACUUAUUCACAAGCCUGUGGUUGGAUCGUCUUUGAUCAAGACAAGCCGGUAAUGAUGAUUAAAAAUUUCUGCACCUGUUCAGAGGGACAUUCGUGUGUUAAAAUAUACCAUGAACGCAGUAAUCGAGCCGACAUUUACAAUUGCCGAAGUUCGAUACAAGCUGAAGGUAAAGAACGCUGGCCGACCAAUAAAUUGAAUAUUUCAGUGACAAAUUCUAAUGGCAAUAUUAGCUCUGGAAACUGAUAAUACAAUAUUCUAAGCAGAAUUUUCUAAUUCUAUUCUAAUUUAAUCAUGACAUAAUCAA